AUGGAAGACGCUAUAAUCAGUGAUGUUGUAUAUGAGAAAAUAAAAAAAUUUGAUCAUAGGAGCCUGGAUAAAAGGCAAUAUAUGUUAAUUGAUAAACUAAUAACAAAUGAAGAGUUAAAAAAACGGUAUAAAAGUUAUGGCUUAUGUGAAGGAUCAUAUGAAGCAGCGACUGGAUUGGCUCCUUAUUCUGAUAUGGCUCAUGAAAAUUUCUUGGCCGUAAAAAUUUGUGAAGGAUUGAGACCAAGUUCUAAUUAUGUAAUUCCUCAGCUAAUUUUAGAUCUGAUUCAACGUUGCUGGGAUGCGGAUCCUUCAAAACGUCCCGAUGCAGAAAAUUUAUGCAAUUCAUUAAAAUACUUAAAUGAUAGUUAUUUUGGUGAUUUCAAUUCAUUGAUUUGUAAACAAACUCACGAAGCAUCUGACAUUAACGAAGGAUUACUUGAUUCAUCUACCAAUUAUCUUUCAAAUGAAACACAUCCCAAAGCAAUUUAUACGAGUAGACUUCUAAAAAAGAUCGAAGCAGAUUAUUCUG